ACUCUUUAGUAAGUCAGAGUAAUAACAUCAUUCUUUUUUACUCUAAGCAAACUGAACAUGGAGGAAACAAUAAAGAGUUUGCUUGAUGAUUCUUUUGAAAGUGCAAUGACACUUACCAAUUCAGGUGUGCCUCAAGUGCCUGACCGUUACGUUCUUCCGCCAUCGCAAAGGCCAGCUCUUGGUUCAAGCUUAGGUACCAGAGAGAUAACACUUCCUAUCAUUGAUCUCUCUCUUUUACACGAACCUUUGCUUAGGUCCAGCGUUAUCCAAGAGAUCAACAUGGCCUGCAAGGAAUUUGGUUUCUUUCAGGUUAUAAACCAUGGGAUACCACCAUCAGUGGUUAGAGAUGCCUUAGAUGCAGCAACACAGUUCUUUGACUUACCUGUGGAAGAUAAGAUGCUUCUAGUGUCUGCAGAUGUUCAUCAGCCAGUAAGAUAUGGCACAAGCCUCAACCAUUCAACAGACAGAGUUCAUUAUUGGAGAGAUUUCAUUAAACAUUACUCUUAUCCUCUAUCAAAGUGGAUUGAUAUGUGGCCAUCAAAUCCUCCAUGCUACAAGGAUAAGGUAGGCAAGUAUGCAGAGGCAACGCAUGUGCUACAUAAGCAAUUAAUAGAAGCUAUCUCAGAAAGCCUAGGACUAGAGAAAGAUUACUUACAAGAACAAACUGAAGAAGGCUCACAAGUCAUGGCAGUGAACUGUUACCCAGCAUGUCCUGAACCUGAAAUCACCUUGGGAAUGCCACCACACUCGGACUUCGGCUCGCUGACCAUCUUACUUCAAAGUAGCCAGGGACUCCAGAUAAUGGACUCCAACAAAAACUGGAUCAGUGUGCCGUAUAUUGAAGGAGCUUUGAUAGUUCAGCUGGGAGAUCAAGUAGAAGUGAUGAGCAAUGGCAUAUACAAGAGUGUGAUCCAUCGUGUAACAGUGAACAAAGACUACAAGCGGCUAUCAUUUGCAAGUCUUCAUAGUCUACCUCUGCACAAGAGGAUAAGUCCAGCACCUGAGCUCGUUGGAAACAAUGCACCAGCCUAUGGGGAGUUUAGUUUCAACGAUUUUCUUGACUACAUCUCAAGCAAUGACUGUGUACAGCAAAGAUUUAUUGAUACACUUAAGAAGAGCAACUCCUGAAGACGAUGGCACCAAACAGCAGAAUUCAAGAAGGAAAUGUUCAUUGCUCAUCUUUUGAAUCAAGCUUAGUUCACAUGAAUCUUGUAGUCCUUAAGGUGCAUCCCUGUUGUAUCUCCAAAUUAUCACAUAAUUAACAUACCAAGUACAUUUUUAUGCACGUAAACAUAUGAUCCGUUGUUUAUUGUAUCACAUAAGAAAUCAUAAUCAAUGUCAUAAUCAAAUAUUUCUUCUCCUCUAAAAGAAAAUGAAGCUAAUGUUUUGGAAAAUACUGAAACUUAAAUGAUCAAUUACUUUCUAAUGAUCUGAAAAUACAUAUAUAUGUGGUAAGAGUAUCUCUAUUUCUUGCUGCUAUAUACGGUCAGAAGCACAAGCAGUCCAUAAAAGUUGAGCCAAGAUUAGGAUCAAAGGUUUUCAAAUUUUUGAUUCAUGUCAUGUACGCAGAGGCUUCUACGAAACAUGACAAACACUUAUUCAAUUAACUCAACUUUUCUAUCAAAUUUCAAAGUAUUUGGGAUAACACAGGAAUCAAGUUGUUAUAUGAGCAAUUUUCAACAAAAAAAUAUAUCGAAAUUCUCAGUAUAUAGGAGAAAAGCAGAUCGCACGAGAUCGAUACUUACAUGAAAUCUACAAAGAUGGAUUCAUGCCAAAGCAGAGCAACUAAUUAACGUUGCGAGUUUGAGCUAUCUAACUACGGUCUCCGCCUCUCGAUUCCGACGGCGAUUUCUGUGGUUUUUCUCUCUUGUACCGUUUGUUUUUCUAUUUUUCAAUAUUAUCUAAUCACUUUGUCUUUUUAUAUUUAUUUACCAUUACUAUAUUAAUUUUUAACCAUUUGUAAAUUUUAGACGAAAUAGCAGUCGUAUCGUAACCGUAAAUUCAUUUUGUCGAAAAAACUUAAAUUACAUUGACCAAAAUUUUAAUUUACAAUAUUGUAUGGAAGGUAGAAUUUACAACGUCAUUGUCAAACAGGAUACUGUGAAAAUAUUUAUAUAUAUAUCGUCGACGGAAAUCAUGAGUUUCAAUAAGAGAUAUUCGUACAGGAUUUCUUUUUGUCAACGCGAAAUUUUCUUAAUAUACAGAUUUUGAUGUUAGCAUUGUCAUGUACCUCGAUAUGUAUAUCGCAAAUGUCAUGCAUCUUUUACUAUUCUUUUGUCCGUUCACAAAGACGUUCACAAAUGUGAUGUAUUGAUACGCGUCGACUUUGUGUUAUUGUAAAAAUUAAAAUGUAUUAACAAAUUUCAUAAAAUACCAAUAGGCAAAUAAUUCAAAAUAUCUAAAACUUUUACACAGAAUCAAUAAAUAAAUAUAUCUCAAAAGUAACAGCUUAGGUACUUAAAAGUCGUAAAAAUAUGGCAAAAAUUCACAAAAGCCUAUUAUGAAUAUGAAUUACAGAUGAAAUGAUGAAGAAUGUUUAAGAGUUACACUUUAUAACUUUCAUAUCAAAUAUCAAUCUGAAUUUUAUAGACAUUAAAAUUAAUAUGAAAUUUGUUACAAUCAACAUAAGACUCCUGGUUUUAUAUUUUUUUCUCAAACUCAUAUAUAUACUCACAUUUUCUCCCUAAAUUCGAGUACAUGUAAAAUUAUUUUGAAUAUUUUUAACUUCAUUUAAAAUUCAAGUACACGUAACAGUUUUUACUAAGCAUAAAAAUACAAUUUGAAAAUAGUUAUAAAAUUAUUUGGAAUAUUUUUAACUUCAUUUAAAAAUUCAAGUACACAUAACAGUUUUUACUAAUUAAGCAUGAAAAUACAAUUUGAAAAUAGUUAUGUAUUACAUAUACAAUUGAAUAAUUCUCUUAAACUUGUCUAUUUACGUGGAGAUAAUCAAACGAUAUAACUAAUUAUAUAUACUUUACUGAAUGCUUGUAUACAUUUAAUUUAUAAAUGUUAGUAUAUAAGAAUAGUAUUGUACUCAUUAAAUUAAACAAACACUACUGUAUUAACUGGGUAUUCCGGUAAAAUAUAUAUUAAUGGCUGUGAUGCAUAGAUUGCAUUCUUCAUUAUUCAUAGGUAGAAUUUAUAAUUUCUCAAUGAUGAAGAAAAUCAACACAUGUACAGAUUUUCGUUGAAAACGAAUUCUAUUAAUUACAGCAAAAUAUAUACAAAAUGUAACAUUUCUCCUCAAAAAUGUGAAGCUUGAUGUUUUCAAAAGAAGUUAAUACUAGCUUCCAUGAAAUCCAUAUAAUAUAUAAAUAAGAAAUAAACUUCGCAAAAAGGUCAUGACUUAAACUGCAAAUGCCAAUACCAUUUUUCAGUGAGAAAAAUAAAGUUUUGCCAAAAACAAGGCAAAACAGAAGAUGAAAUAUAAAUAGCAUAGAAGUUCAAACAUAAUUUAGAUCUCUCUUUCUAUUUAACUAAAAGAAGAUCAAUGAUAAAAUGUGAUAAACAAAAUA